AUGGCAACGGCCUGGAGAAGCAGACUCCGUUUCCGUGAGCCAUGGCCACUGCACCACCCCUACCGCUGUUGCUACUAUCUUCGUCUUGCCUUGCUCAGCAGCCUCGCCUUCCUUCUUAUGGAUGUAGCUGGAGUAGAAGGGAGAGUGAGCAGCGAGGGAUGCUUGCAGAGGGAGAGGGAUGCUCUCUUGCUUUACAAAGCCGCCAUCAAAGAUCCUUCCGGCCGCUUGUCUUCAUGGCGUGCCCAGGUGGACUGCUGCGCUUGGACUGGCGUAGUCUGUCACAACACAACGGGCAGCGUGCGAGUGGCGGAGCUCAACCUUCAAAAUCCAUAUGCCUGCCAAGGCAAUAAUUUGUGGGAGACGGCUUUGAGGGGUGAGCUGCUGCAUCCUUCAUUAUUGUCUUUAACUCACUUGCGAAACUUAAGUCUCAGCUGCAAUGACUUCGAGGGCACCCAAAUUCCACCUCUCGUUGGUUCUCUUCACAAACUCGGUAUCUUGAUCUUUCUAACUCCAACUACAGUGGAACCAUUCCCCCUCAUCUCGGAAACUUAA